CCUCUGACUUGCACUGAGCACAUGUGCUAGCCAGGGCCGCAAACCCCGCCCCUGCCCUCCCCUGCAGCCAAUCAGAGAUCUGAAUAAGGAAGGCCCGGAUCUCCUCUCAGCCAAUCGCAGCGCGUGUUGUUGCGGAGUCACUCGCUGAGGCUCCUGUCACCGGGAGGAAGGGAUCAGAGUCUCCAUCAUAGCUGUACUCAGGCUGACCCGUUGUGCUGUGCCGCUGCUGCUCAGGAGCAAAUUACCGGUGAUAGAGAGCUGUCCUGUUGUUUACGGUCGCACCUUGCUGUCAGCCCGCAGUGCCACAGACUCGUCAUCAUCAUCAUCAUCAUCAUCAUCAUUUCUGCUGAGGAUGCCGCAGACAAACAAGUCCAGAAAAUCCCCGAUGCCUGACUCCUCUUCUUCCUCUGGAGUGGUUGGAGAGGAUUCGGAGCCAGCGUCCCGGGAGGUGGAGCAGGCUGCUGGGGAUGCAGGAGGAGGAGGUGGAGCAACAGGAGGAGGGGAGGACAAUGUUGGAGACAGCGAGAUCAUCAAGUCCCCCAGUGACCCCAAACAGUACAGGUACAUUGUGCUGGAGAAUGGGCUGCGAGCGCUUCUCAUUUCAGACUACAAUGGACCACCAAUGUCGGACAAUGAGGACUCAGAUGAAGGUGAAGAAGAAGAAGAAGAAGAGGAGGAUGAGGAGGAUGAGGAGGAAUCUGGAGAUGAAACAGAAGACGAGUCUGAGGAAGAUGAUGAUGUUGACAAGGGCAGUGAUGAUGAUGAAGAUGACGACAAGGAGGGGAAGAAGAAGAAAGGAAAUGCAGAGAAACAGUCUGCAGCAGCUCUGUGUGUCGGAGCGGGCAGCUUCAGUGACCCCAAUGACCUCCCUGGCCUCGCCCACUUUCUGGAACACAUGGUGUUCAUGGGCAGUGAGAAGUACCCCUCUGAGAACGGCUUUGAUGCUUUCCUCAAGAAGCACGGAGGGAUUGACAAUGCUUCCACUGACUGUGAGAGGACCAUCUUCCAGUUUGACGUCCAGAGGAAAAGCUUCAAAGAGGCUCUUGACAGGUGGGCUCAGUUCUUCAUCUGCCCCCUGAUGAUCCGGGACGCCAUCGACAGGGAGGUGGAGGCCGUCGACAGCGAGUACCAGCUGGCUAAGCCUUCCGACUCCCACAGGAAGGAGAUGCUGUUUGGCAGUCUGGCCAAACCUGGACACCCUAUGGGCAAGUUCUGCUGGGGAAAUGCCCAGACUCUGAAGCAGGAGCCUAAGAAGAAGAAGAUCAAUGUCUAUAAACGGCUUCGUGCCUUCUGGAAGAAACACUACUCUGCCCACUACAUGACUCUUGCUGUGCAGUCAAAAGAGAAGCUGGACACUCUGGAGGAGUGGGUGAGAGAGAUCUUCAGCAAGGUGCCUAACAAUGGUCUGCCGAAGCCUGAUUUCUCUCAUUUGCCGGAUCCCUUUGAGACACCGGCCUUCAACAAGCUCUACCGAGUUGUUCCCGUGAGGAAAGUCCAUGCUUUGAAUAUCACCUGGGCUCUUCCUCCUCAGGAAAAACACUACAGGGUGAAGCCUCUCCACUACAUCUCUUGGCUGAUUGGCCAUGAGGGCACAGGAAGCAUCCUCUCCCUGCUCAGGAGGAAGUGCUGGGCCCUGGCUUUAUUUGGAGGAAACAGUGAAACCGGCUUCGACCAGAACACCACCUACUCCAUCUUCUCCAUCUCCAUCACCCUCACUGACGAAGGUUUCCGAAACUUCUACCAGGUGACUCACCUGGUGUUCCAGUACCUGAAGAUGCUGCAGACGCUUGGACCACAGCAAAGAGUAUACGAAGAGAUCCAGAAGAUUGAAACAAAUGAGUUUCACUACCAGGAGCAGAUUGAUCCUAUCGAGUAUGUUGAGGACAUUUGUGAGAACAUGCAGCUGUUUCCUAAAGAAGAUUUCCUAACUGGAGAUCAGCUGAUGUUUGAGUACAACCCAGAAGUGAUCAGUGCGGCUCUGUCCCUUCUCACCCCUGAGAAAGCCAACCUGAUGCUGUUGUCACCAGAACAUGAGGGCCAGUGUCCCCUGCGGGAGAAGUGGUUUGGCACACAAUACAGCGUGGAGGACAUCCAGCAGGAGUGGAUGGAGCAGUGGAUGGGCCACAUGGAGCUGAACAGCGACCUCCACCUCCCUAAGGAGAACAAGUUCAUCGCCACUGACUUCACCCUGAAGCCCUCUGACUGCCCAGACACAGAGUUCCCCGUCCGGAUAGCCGACAGCGACAGGGGCUGCCUGUGGUACAGGAAGGACAACAAAUUCAAAAUCCCAAAAGCCUACAUCAGAUUCCACUUAAUCUCUCCUAUAAUACAGCAAUCUGCUAAGAACGUGGUCUUGUUCGACCUGCUGGUCAACAUCCUCGGACACAACCUAGCAGAGCCGGCCUACGAGGCUGAAGUGGCUCAGCUGGAGUAUAAACUGGUGGCUGGCGAACAUGGCCUGGUCAUCAAGGUCAAAGGAUUCAACCACAAACUGUCUCUGCUGUUCCACCUGAUCAUCGACCACCUCGCUGAUUUCUCCGCCUCUCCUGGCGUCUUCAGCAUGUUCUCAGAGCAGCUCAAAAAAACUUACUUCAACAUCCUCAUCAAACCUGACAAACUUGGCAAGGACGUACGUUUGUUGGUCUUGGAGCACUCUCGCUGGUCCAUGGUGGAGAAGUGCCAGGCUCUGACGGCCGGUCUGACCAGCGACGAGCUGAUGGAGUUCAGCCGCAGCUUCAGGACGGAGCUUUACGCUGAGGGACUGGUGCAGGGCAACUUCUGCAGCACUGAGUCAGCGCAGUUCCUGCAGUAUGUCACAGAGAAGCUGCAGUUCUCAAAGUUGCCAGCAGAUGUGCCAGUGAUGUUCAGAGUAGUGGAGCUUCCUGUGAAGCACCACAUCUGUAAAGUCAAGUCGCUCAAUAAGGGAGACGCCAACUCUGAGGUCACAGUUUACUACCAGUCUGGCCCCAAGGCCUUAAAGGAGCACACACUGAUGGAGCUGUUGGUGGUGAGUGCUUCUUUCUCUUUUCUCCAACCACUCAUUCAUUCACUCUCAGUCCAUCAGGUCAUCCCUCCAUCUUUCUUGUUUGUUUCUCAGAUGCACAUGGAGGAACCCUGCUUUGACUUCCUCAGGACCAAAGAGACUCUGGGGUACCAUGUCUACCCAACCUGCAGAAACACCUCGGGUGUACUGGGGUUCUCUGUCACCGUGGAAACACAGGCUACCAAGUUCAAUACCGAGCUGGUGGAGUUAAAGAUUGAAGAGUUCCUGGUUUCAUUCGGGGACAAGCUAAAUGCCCUGACUGAGGAAGCCUUUAAUACUCAGGUGACUGCUUUAGUGAAACUGAAGGAGUGUGAGGACACACACCUCGGGGAGGAGGUGGACAGGAACUGGGCCGAAGUGGUUACACAGCAGUUUGUGUUUGACAGGCUUAACAGAGAGAUCGAGGCUCUGAAGCAGAUGAGCAGGACUGAGCUUGUGUCUUGGUUCCAAGAACACCGAGGACAGAACAGCCGCAAACUCAGUGUGCACGUGGUGGGAUUUGGUGCUGAGGAGAAUGAUGAGGACGGUAGAGGUAAAAAACAAGAAAGCGAAGACGAGGAUUUAAUUGGCACUACCUACUGUGAGGUGUCCAAACUCACUUUCCUUCCUGCUUCACCCAAGCUGGCGGGCGCCAUUGCCAUCAUGGAUAUUCCUGCUUUCACUAAAGACCUGCCCCUCUUCCCCUACCACAAGAUACUGGAAUGAACUUGUUCUCAGACAGACAGAAGGCUGAGCUCUGAGCCACGUUUGGGGGAUGCUGCCUCAUUAGAGAUGCAGGCACUUAAUAUGUGGAGGUGAAGGGCGGUUAAAACAGCAGGCUCCUCUCUUGACCUGGAUUCUGUCUCUGGGGCCCGGCUGUUGAUUUUACUUAACACUGUGUGCACAAGCAAAAAAGCCUGGAAGUGAUAAUAGACUUUUCUUUUAGCCAAGUGAUAAUCUAUUCUGUUUUCUCACACUCAAUUAUUUUAUAUCCUCAGACACUGGGAGUGGGGGAGCACUCUCAUUCUCUUCCUCUAUUCCACAUUCACGAAUCAAAUCUCAUUUAUUUAGUUCUCUGAGCUCUGCUGAUGAAUCGGUCUUUUGACUGCUUGUGUCGCACUGCAGGUUUGCCUUAAUACCAUUUUUUUUUUAAAAAAGAAAAAAGAACUCAAAUCAACUGUGAAAAGUGCAGAAACGCUGAGUUGUUUGAAUCCCACAUCCCCACAUGUACGUUGUUUGAGUGAUCGUGUGCUGGAUUUCAUGCUCUGCCGUUCACUACUGUUACAAGCUGACCUGGAUCAUGUCAUGGAAUGAAACUGUGCUAAGAAAUAAAUCAGUGACUGUAUGAAGGGAGCCUACAGAAAACAUAUCUAUGGAGUUGCCUUUACAGUAGAAGUAGAAAACAAUUGAGACAUUAAGACUAAAAUUAGUUUUUUGAUUUUUGAUUUAGUGCAUAUUUAAACUAAAUGAUUUUACACUGACACAAUAUGGUGAUAUUUUGCUUAUUUUUCUUUUCUGCAAAGGUCAAUUUAAACUCACGCCUGCUAUUUAAAUCACCUUUAACCGAACAGAUGGUCGAGUGUUUCCAGGACCUGCUGUCUGAUAAACGUUGAGGUCUUUUUAAAGUGUGUGCAUACUGAUGAUUGAGUACAGCAUCAGCUGUUUAAUUCAUGCAGCUUUAAUGUAUUUUAAAUUUGUACAGACUCUCUACCGUCUAUCGGAGGAAAAGGUUGUUGCAGGCGAUAUUGUGUGGGUCUGUGGCUGGUGACAUUCUGUACUAUUGAAUUUAAUUAAAAACUAACCUGGAGCUGA